GACCGGACCGCAAAUCGGACAACAAUGCUGUAAAUGCUCUUCCAUCAGAUUUAAAGCGUGAAAAAAAAAAAUCCCUACAGUGAUGGAUGUGAGAGAUGGAACAGCUGCGUGGGAAGCACUGGCCAGCCGGGACUCGUGUUCCCGAGAUGCAGCCAUGGAGCACAUCGAGCAGGAGGUGAAGAGGAAGGUGGAAAGCAUAGGGCCAAUCAUGAAGUCAUCAUCAUCAUCAUCAUCGUCGUCAUCAUCAUCAUCAUCGACAUCAUCGUCGUCGUCAUCAUCUGAAGAUCUUAACUGCAUCCUGGCACGCAUUCUCAUGCUCUCCAAGAGGUGUCCUUACGAAGACGUCAAGGAAAAAUGCGUCUGGCUGCUCCGCAGGGUUCAGGAUAUGGGAGUACGAAUCCCCAGGCCACUGGGAAACGGACCAAGCAGAUUCAUCCCUGAGAAAGAGAUCCUUCAAGUCAGCAAAGUGGACACCAGGACGCAGUCGAUCUUCGAGGACGCCUUUUCGCUCGGCCGCCUCGACAACAUCUGCCUGGUGAUGGGCUUCCACCCUCAGUAUCUAGACUGCUUCCUGAGGACACAGCAUUACCUGCUCCAGAUGGACGGCCCCUUGUCCCGCCACUACAGGCACUACAUUGGCAUAAUGGCUGCUGCCAGGCACCAGUGUUCCUACUUGGUCAACCUGCACGUGAACGAUUUCCUACAGGUCGGCGGGGACCCGAAGUGGCUAAAUGGGCUAGAUGGAGCCCCGCAGAAGCUUCGAGCCCUGGGAGAACUCAACAAGAUCCUGGCUCACCGGCCGUGGCUGCUCACCAAGACGCACAUCGAGAACCUCCUGAAAGCCGAGGAGCACAGCUGGUCCUUAGCCGAGCUCAUUCACGCUGUCGUCCUGCUCACACACUACCAUUCUUUGGCCUCGUUCACCUUCGGUUGCGGGAUCACGCCAGACAUUCACGCCGAAGGAGGACACACUUUCAGACCCCCCUCGCUCAGUGGGUACUGCAUGUGCGACAUUGCUAAUGGCAACGGUGCCCUGGAGGAUAUGGUGGCGAACCAGCAGGAGUUGGAAGAAUUGGGUGAAGUUGAAGUCCUGAUGGAAAGGAUGAAGCAGCUGCAGGAGUGCCGUGACGAAGAAGAGGCCAGUCAGGAGGAGAUGGCCACACGCUUUGAGCGGGAGAAGACCGAGAGCAUGCUCGUUGCCACCACGGAAGACGAGGAGUGUGUGCCGUCCAGGGACGUCUCGAGGCACUUCGAAGACACCAGUUACGGCUACCAAGACUUCUCUAGGAGAGGGGAACACGUCCCGACCUUUAGAGUGCAGGACUACAGCUGGGAGGACCACGGCUUUUCCUUGGUAAACCGGCUGUACCCGGACGUUGGCCAGCUGCUCGACGAGAAAUUCCAGAUUGCGUACAAUCUCACCUAUAACACGAUGGCCACACACCAGGGUGUGGACACCUCCAUGCUCCGCCGCGCCAUCUGGAACUACAUCCACUGCAUGUUCGGGAUCAGAUAUGACGAUUACGAUUAUGGCGAGAUCAACGAACUGCUAGACCGCAGCUUUAAAGUCUACAUCAAGACUAUGGUGUGUAGCCCGGAGAAGACCACCAAGAGGAUGUAUGAGAGUUUCUGGAGGCAGUUUCAGCACUCUGAGAAGGUCCAUGUAAAUUUGCUUCUUAUGGAAGCGCGUAUGCAGGCAGAACUGCUCUACGCUCUAAGAGCCAUCACUCGCUAUAUGACAUGAAGUGCUAUUACCGUUUCUCUUUGUAAUUUCACUGUCGUUGUUGUUGUUGCUUUCGUGGGACACGUCAAUAAAAGUAAAAACGACAAAAAAAAAAAUUUAAAUAACAGCCAGAAGUGGAGGAUGACGCCGACCAGAGGGAAGGAGAGUCAUCCGUCUGACCCCACUCGCUGACUGAAAUGUGUGGCCUAUAGUGCCGAAGCCCACCAGCAGAUGGCGACAUUUUUUUGCAAACUCGUGUAAUAGCCUGAGACUGCGAGCUUCAGGAGGCUAGAACCCUCCAUAUAGUGUUUCAAAUGCAUCUAGAUGAAGAUGCUCCUUUAAAACCAAUCACCACAACUCCAGUAUCGGUGCACGCAGUGUUGCACUACCACGCCUUUGUUCUAGUUGUUGUUAUUGUUGUUUUUCAUAUCAUUAUCUUGUAGUGCAAGUGACUGGAGAGAAGAGCAUUUAAGUUAAGCAUUAAUUGAAGCUGCGUAAAUGUAAACGUGUGCCUAGUCACGUGCAGCACUGAGCGCAGAGGUGCUGUGGGGUUAAUGCUGCUUUUUCUCAAAACACCAGAACCAUCGAUUUCAUAAGCUAAUGUGUGGGAUGUGUGAGACUAAGAGAGGAAUGAAACGUGAAUGUGAGAUGUGUGUGUGAGGGAGAGAGAGAUUUAAAAGAAAGCUGUCUGAUCUGAGCCCUUGUAUUUGGUUUACUGUAAGUUACCACUCUGUCUCUACUUACCAAUGUGUGUUUUAUAUAUAUAAAACAUAUAAAUGUAAAUCUUAUCAAAGCCUUUUUUUUUUUGGUAUUUCAGGCAUAAAUAUUAAAGCACUUUCUUUCUGAAAUAGCAACAAUAUGCUUUCAGCUGUAAUGUAGCCUUUUUUUUUUUUUGCAUUAAUGACCAUUUCCUGAGUGACAAACUGAGCAAGUGAUUUUUUUUUUUCAAUAUAAAACCAGUCUUCCUGAUGAUGUGAUGAUGCGACGAUGUGCUUCCUGUCAUCCCGAUCCCCUUUCCUCACCCCUUUGCCUGUCUUCCCUUUACCGCACGGUCAUCUUAACUCUCGGGAAAAAAAAGCUAUUGUUUUAAGUUGUAUUGUUUUUAGGAUUGUUAUUCGUAGGCUAUAAUAUAAAUACCUCCUGUUAUAUAUAUAUAUAUAUAUAUAUAUAUAUAUAUAUAAAAUCCUUAGGUAUGUAAGUGUUCUUACAUACUUGAGCAGGAUCGUACGGUCGUUUGUGUUGCCAUGCGCAGGCUCUCUGAUGAUCAGGAUGAUAUAUACACUGCUUGUUUUUCAAGGAGUAUGACUAAGCAGCUUUUUUUUUUUUUAAAAUGUUGUGUGCGUGUUUGAAGAAGUAUAGAUUGUGUUUACUAAAAAAAAAAAAAAAAACAUGUACUGCAUUCAGAGGGUGGGUGUAGACAAGUGGUGAAAAAGACAGAAAGUGAGGGUACUUCUUUUUUUUGGAAAUGUAUGCUAAGAAGCAAUGAGUUUUCUUAAAAAAGAAAAAAUCUUUUGAAAACUGAUUUCAGUUGUGGACACUUUUAUAAGAAAAUGUUUAAUAAAGGAAAUAAAACAUUUUAAUGUCUUUGUAUGACCUGAAUUUCAAGAAUUAUUCCUCUUUUUUACUCUGAAAAACAAUCCUGCAGAACUUGGGCAUAGAGAUUUAAAAACAACUUAAAAAACUCCAUGGUGACAAUUUUAUUGUAAAAAUACCUUGAGACAAAAAAAAAAAACAAUAUGGAACGUAUAAGUAUGCAUAACCUAUCUUUCCCCACUUCUCCAACCUGUGGUAAUAAAGAUAAUUAUUAGUAGGAAACAUCUUGGAAAUGUUUGAUUGAAGCAACGUUCUGCUAGUUAAAUAUGCCAUUGCACUAAUACACACACACACACACACAGUGUUCUCCCUUUGAUUUGGAUAGCAGGUGACUAACGUUUUAAUCAGAAUGUGGCAUCAUUUUAUGCUUUUGAUAUCUAUUAUUACUGAAUAUGUCUUUUCUCACUGGUAGAUAUUUUAAAGGUUUAGUGAUAAUCUGAGAUGUACAGAUGGUACCAAUGUAAGUGUUACCGUUCUGUGUAAAGGAGAACCAGUGUGCUAUUUUGUAUCAUGUUGCUGUAUGUGUUUAACACGAGCUCUUAAUUCUGUUCUUGUGGUCCCUUUAAUAAAAAGCUUCAGAUCA